UCUUCAGGUUCCCAAGGGCUCGAAGUCAACGCCAUCGAAGGUCCCAGCGUGGUGGUGAACGGGUCCACAACACAGCUGGUCCUGGAUUGCAACUACCAGCUCACGGACUACGACAAGACGAGCCUGGUGGUGAAGUGGUAUUUCAAGCGGAAGCCUUACCCGGUGUACCAGUGGAUCCCCAACAACGAGCCCCAGGACCUCGGCAUCUUGAAGGGGAGACUCAAUUUAAAGUACGAAGUGUCCUCUGAUGAAUACUCCAAGCACCGCGCUCUCGCCAUCCUCAACCCCACCACCGAACUCACCGGGGAGUACACUUGCUGGAUAUCUUCCUUCGAGAAUGAGGACUUCAAGAGGAAAAAGCUGACGGUUUACGCCCCGCCCUCGGACAUGACCCUGACGUACUCCAAGCCGCGGGACGACCUCGUAGUGAUAACCUGCAAGGCGGGAGGAGUCUUUCCAAUGCCCAAUAUGGCCCUCUUCAGGAGUUCGUCUUCAGCCAGGAAAAACGCUAUCAAGGACGCCAAGUUAGAGCGGCAACACUUCCCCGAGCACGGCUACUACAACAUCUCGCUGGAGGUGGAGGCCUUCGACAGCGACCUAGACAGAGAGACUUUGUUCGACUGCGUCCUAGACAUUCCCGGCACUGACUUCGAGAUGCACGAGGAGCUACUCUACUUCAAAGACGGACCCCCAACCACCCCCAUCCCCACCACCACCAUUACCACCCCCUCUGUCCCUUAUGAGGAGAGUGAGGACGCUGAGGGAGACGAGGCAAUAUUGGCUGAUAAUGAUUAUGAGAAAGCAAAGCCCCAAGUGGCAGAAAGUGGUGUUGCAGCACAAAAGACCUCAGUCUCCGCAGCUGGGACGCAGGUGGUUGUGGGCACCUUGUCGCUCUUCUCCAUAUUCCUCGUCUUCUUCCUCAACCUCCUCCACCAUUGAGAGGGCAAGGCGCCUCAGAGUGGCGCAGCUGAGGUGUGCAAAGCUUAGCCUCCACGCACCCCCUCCUCUCCUCCCGCUGGAUUCCUGUGGUGGAGGGAACGCCGCUACUCCCUCCCUCUCUCCCUCCUAGGUGGGUCAGGGCUGCCUCCAUCGACCUCCUCUUCUCUCGCCGUGUGCACCCUCCGGGGCCGGGAGAGGAGGCCGGCGACGGGGGCGGGACAGCGUCCUCCUAGCCCUCCUUCAUCUCUGGGAAUAACACGACUUCUGUGUUCACAUUCUCUCCCAACAUGAAACGAGUUCAUCUUGCCAUUUUCCCAGCACAAGUUUUAAUAUAGACAAUAGAAUAAAUCUUUGUGAAAUCAUGUGAAGCUUAACAACAGACGUACGUACACUCACCCCAUGCCGGCGAGGGUAAGCCCACUCCGCAAUUACCACCACCAGCACCACCGCCGCCUGACCCAAGCUUGGGGAUCUGUCAUCGUGGGGUCUCCGGGGCGCCGCCAACCCUCAUGCUGCACGAGUCACUCCGUCAGGUCCACGCCGCCCCCCGCUGCGGCACGCAAGCUGUAAAUGUUUUCCUGUGCGAGUACAGAUUUAUUGGCAUUUAUGUUAAAGUUUUGGCAAAUACUUUUCCUGAAUAAUACUUAAAUAUGUUUAAUGUUCUCUCUUCGUGUGGCCAGAAUUUUCAUGCAAUUAUUUCGUUAAUGUUGCUAUGUAGGCUAAUUGAGUUUAUGUAAUUAUGGUAACUUUUCGGCCCAACCCGUCCAGCAUUCUUUAAAGGAUGUUUCAAUCCCCGACAAGUCGCCGCCGCUUGGCUGGCGAGAGGAACAGACGCUUCUCCUUGAACUUGGGCAGCCAAUAUUUUGCUGCGUCGCGGCGGGAGGUCCGGAAUUAGUUCCGUGUAAGGAAAGACCACCCUCAGGAGAUAAGAUGUAUUUAUGGAUAUUCUUAGAUCGUGUUCGGCAUGAAACUCUCCUCACUAUUCGGCCAGUGCCUCGCGCCGGAUAAGUCUCCGAGGUGAGAAAUGCCGACUCUCACCCACAACUGCCGAGGCGACAAGCGAUAAAAAUUUGAGUCUGCCCUCAAUCGGAUCCCAUUUUCUGUGCCAUCAAUCACGGGACGCAAUCACCGGAAACAAAGAUGGGACACCGGAGCGGGGGAGCUGGGAAAAAAAAAGACGUUCGUUUCUAUUGUCCGAGGCUUCCAUUGAUCCGUACUAUCAGUUUCCGAAGUGAGAGAAAUUACAUCUACUUCGUGCCUGUGACGUGACAAAAAAUGAUGGUGAAGUCUUAGAAUUUGUUUUAUCCCUUCUGGCAAUUCUCCGCCAUGUGAUGUCAAGCGAGGUCAUUCAGGGGAUACAUUACGCGAUUUUUUUUCGAGCUGACCAAUCACAAGAACGCCAAUAGCAGCUUGAUUAUUCUCUGGCCGCUCCCAUUGGUCGAGACGAAGAGUGACGUCACAAAGGCGCUGACGAGGCCCUCACCUGACCAAGGCUCUGUUUUUACCUGCCCUAAUGAGCGCUUGAACAAACGAGAGGCUGGCUGCUGUGUGAGAGAGAGAGAGAGAGAGAGAGAGAGAGAGAGAGAGAGAGGCUUCAGCAAGGGUUGCAUCGUUAACUUGGUCACCCAAGAGUUGCCGCGUUUUCGUCAGGCGUGAGAAGUAUCGCGUUUAAGUCAUAGUUAUUGGUUUUACUAUUGGUAUUUCACAAGUAUCACAUUUUUUUUCCCUUCCUUUCCUUGGCAAUUGCCACUAACAUUUUCCUCUCUCCCUCUGUCCUCCAAAUUUACAGACGUUCCUCACUCUCCCUUCAUCUGGUAUUAUAGAGCGACAAUCAUGAACUUCGUUUAGCUCCCAAGGCAUUAGGUUAAGUACGUCAAAAUUGACAUUGAUGACUAUGAAACUUUAAUUUCGAGACGCAAACUCGCUAUCCCCUAUCUCUCCCUCUAAUUCUUUACUAUAAUGUUAAUUCAGCUUAAGUUAAGGAGUAAAAAAAAUCCCAGUAAUGGUGCUAUUAAUUUUAGCUCGCGCUACUUCGUUUGAUAGUGUUUGGCGGGAGACGCGGCACCGACAGAGCCUACCGAGGGAUCCCGAAUGCCAACAGAGCCUUUUUAGAGGUCAGGACAUCUUGGUGCACGCGGAGGCAAUAGUUAUUUCCUAUCUUGUUAUCCGAGGCUGCAGGAAACUGCGUAGCAGAAGCAGCAAAGCGAAAUCUAUCUCCUGCUUCAUUGCUGCGAGGUAGGCAAUCUUGACAUGAUUGCCCGCCCGCCGCCUACCAUCACGCAGCUUUUGUCAGCGGAAGCUCCCGUCAGCGGAAAAGAUAGCGGCUCUUGUUUCCGAGGGCACGUACAUGCAAACGCUGCCUCGCCUGCCUCUCGCUGCAGACUAUGACAAACCAAUGUUAUUCCUUGCAGCUGCUGUUCUGUAUACACAUGUACAGUUGCGGACCAAAUAUCGAUCCACCUUACAUUUUAAAAAACGUUGAAACUUUCAGCGCAAUGCCUCCAACGUCAGUUCAUCUCCCAUUUCCUCCUCUCCAUUGUCUCCCCCCCCCCCCCCCCCCACACACACACACACUCAUAUACUUUCAUUUACCGCCCGGAAAGAGAAUCAAAUUCAAGAGUUACAAUUAAGGCAAAUCGAUAUUUAUGCCAGCAUCUGUACAGACUCAAAGCUUUAAGGAAUAAUCAAUUUGUCCGCCUACGUCUGCAACGAGUAUGACGGACCGGACGCAUCUCCGCAACUCUGAUGAACUGCUCUGAUCAAUGAGUCGCCCUCCCGAGCCUCGCCGGCCCCGGAGUGGGACGCCGAGGGUCACACUACACUCCCACGUACUGAUAAGACAUGACGCUGACACCAUUAAGUCGGCAUUCAAGUGCUUUGAACACCACUAUUUUCUUUAUGGGGCAAACCCUCGAUAUUUUGUUAGCACUGAUCCAUGUGAAGGCAAACAAUGUAACCAAUAAGACAAGUAACUUUUCUAAAUGAAGUGAGAUUUAGUCAGUUAAUGACAUUAUGAAGUCGAGUAAAAUAAGAUACCGACUUGUCCAAAAACUGCAAUGGCCUUACACGUUUCCUUUGGUCGCGUGAAAAGGGUCGCCGGGCGGCAGACGGCCAAGCGGCGACCCUCUAAUACACUCGCACCACCUCCUCUUCUUCCUCCUCCUCCUCCUCCUCCUCCUCCUCCUCGACUCCACAUCCUCCACCUCAUCUUCGUCCUCCUCCUCCUUCUCAACCUCUUCCUCUUUUACGUCAAGAAAUUUUGUACAUAAAUAUCUAUGAGUGUAAAGUUUUGUAUUUAAAACUGUAAAUAUGCUGACUAAAAAAAAUAUAUAAUGAAUGUUUAAAAAGAUAUUUCUAGCUCCCGCAUCUAUGGCACAUUAGAAGUGAUAGGCGUUUCAUUAUUUCGUUUUAUGGUCCGUUUUCUCUACAUCCAAAAUAUUUUACCUUAUUCACCCUAAUUUGUCAUUAAGUUUUAGUUUUUAAGGUGUAAUUGAUGGUUUCAACGAAAUUAGCGUGAAUAUACAGUUAGUGAAAAUGUUGCGUCUCUCUGGAGAACGUGACAUGAAACUGGGCGAAAACUAACAGUAUACACGUCUGUUACUGGCUGUAUCGAUAGCUUUCGCUCACCUCAUAUGACCAAUGCUGAGGAGUCAACACACUACUUAUCUCACUAACUGUAUGCUCAGCCACGAGCAGCACGUGUCCACGGCUGCCGGCACGCUGAUCGCUGAGCAAGGCCGGUCAGCGCCACCACAAACAGCAGUCGAACUUAUUGCGUCAUUUUUGCAUUUCAUUUUGAGUCCACCGUAGCCAGACAUGUUACGUGUACUAGUCACCGUGUCAGUACUUUAUGCGUGGCCCGGCAGGCAACGCUGGCCUCUGCUGGGGACUCGCUGCGGCACAGUAGCCAGAUACUAUAUAGACAACCCGACAGCCAGUCCCCCCAGCGGCCAGCCCCCACACUGCCUCGCCGCACCGGUUGCCUAUAAUUCUAGUGUACAAGGUGUGUACUAUAUUGUUUGACAUUAAAAUGUUUAUAAUAUACGUA